AUUUGUCAAUUACAUCGUGAACGCACGUGUGUGUUUAUUUAUUUUCAUCAAAAUAACGUUUUGCUGAAUAAAGAUGGGUAAAAACAAUAAAAAGGGACCAAAGGGCAAUGUGUUUAAAGUUGCUGGUGCUAAGAGUUUGAAGAAAACCAAAGCUAAGGCAGUCAACUUAGGCUUAAAGAAUAUCAAACAGAAAGUACAAGACAUUGACAAAGAAUUCGUCGAAAUUAGCAAAAAGCCAAAGUUGUCUGAACCAAAGCAAUCGGUAAAGGCGCCUACAAAGAAGUUAGAGAAACCAGUUACAAAAGAAGAGGUAGCUAAAACAGCUGAAGAAAUUGUGAAAAUGGACUUAUAACAUUCUCUUCGACAGUUAAGAUUUAAAUAUUGCUAUUUAUGUUAUAAUAUGUAUCUAUCAAGAGGAUUUUACUAGUAGGGACAGUACCCGUUAAUAAUUGACUUUAAAAGGUUUGUUGGCCCCAGUAUAAUGUUAAAACAAUCACAAUAUUACCUCAUUCCACCCUCCGAUUUGUUGGUAAAUUUGGAGCAAGACUAUCAGAUUUCGAUGAAACUAUCUCUGAUAUUCCAAUCCACUUGAAAGAUAAUGUUAUGAAAAUGUUUAUAGAUUAUAAGU